AUGUCUAACAACUUCUUCCGCAACGAACACCCUCGUCCGCCCUUCACGCCUCCACAAUCUACCACACCUUCGGCACCUCUCUAUCUCUCCGCCGGUUACAGUCCGACUCAUCCAUUCCAGAUCGGGACUCCGCCACCGCCGCAGCCUCACUCCGCUCCUCCGACUCACAUCAAUCCUAACCAAAUCCAUCGCCAGAACCCGAAUCGCAUACAAGAUCAUAUGAUGGAACAGCCGAACAACCAUGGUCUACACACGAUGUCGCCUAGAGUACCGAACAGUCCAGUCGAGCCAGCGCAGCCGCCAAGGAAGAAACCCAAGGUCGAUCCCGGUGCCGCAUCGGCGACCAUUCACACCCUCCAGAAACAGUCACCCAAGCUGCCCACGAGUGCCAAGCCACCGAUACCUCCCCUACCCAUAUUCGACAUCAUUCCGGAUGGCCCUCGAGGUGACGCCGUCAUUCAGGUCGCUCUCCCCACAGCUGCCGCUGCCGAGGAGACUGCCAACACCUCGAACACCAACAAGAAGAUCGUUCUCCUACGAGUCCACUCCCUCCUCUUGACCUUGCACUCUCCAUUCUUCCGCGACCUGUUCUCUGCCGAACGCACUGGAGCGGUCUCGAAUGAACAGAUUUAUACCCAGGCCAACCCAUGGGUACUCCCCGGCGACUGGGAUGGUGCGGCGUUUCUUGAUUGGUGUGUCAUGGUGUGCAGCAGGAGUAGUGUGUACGAUGUCGUCGAUGAAAUGGUGCAGACCCAGCGCCAGGCGGAUGCAGGGAAGAAGGGCGACAAGGGCAAGAUGGGUCGCUUCCCGAGAGUGGUAGCGCUGGCGCAGAAGUUGGGCUGUGCGAAAGGCAUGAAAAGCCAUUGCGCCAUGCCGUUGUGGCGGUAUUUCGGGCCGAGAGGAGAGGCGGAUGAGCAAGGGUUGAGCUCGAGAGGCUUAACGGUCCUAGAUGCCAUUGCGAUCGCGUACGUCGUCGAUGACGAGACUCUCUUCCGCCGUGCCACCGAGUAUGCACUGGUCCACUUCGAUAAAGGUCAAUGGAACCAGGAUAUCAGCGGUGCCUUAGAGCGCGUCGUGCCCGCCACACUUCUGGACAACAUUCAUCGAAAACGCCGUGCCACGCUCUCGGCUCUCGAAAAAGACGCCUACAAGUCAGUCACAGCCAUCCACAGCAAGGUGGAGAGUCUUAAUCCCUGCAACGGCGCCAUGGAAAAGCUCGCCACUUACACGCUCCAGCUCUGUCAAGUCAAGGACGGCGCGUACGAGUUGGCGGCCACGAAGAUGAGCCUGGCAGACGUCUGGGACGGUCUCGAACAGGCGGCCGAGGAAAUGCCGGAGAGUACUAAGAAGUGUAGCAAGGGCUGUGAGGGAGGGUGCACGGUGGAUGUUCGGGAGGUUUUGGCUCAGGCGGUGGAGGAGAGUAAGGAGGGGGUGGAGGGUCUCUGUUUGCGAUGUGUAAGGGAUGGAGAGAAGGGUUUGAGGAUGGACAAGGACGAGGCGUGGACGUGUGAGCACGAAGAAUAG